GCGGCCUGCCCUGACAGGUACAGCAGGCUCCCACCCCGUCCCUGGGGCGGAGGGGCCGCUCUCUCCACGGCUGCGGGGGCGGGCUGAGGGGUGCAGCGAGGCCUGCCCCUCCCUCUACUGCUGCUGCGGGGGCCGAGCCAGGCUCUCUUCGCCUGUGUCUGCCGUGGGGAGGGACGAGGGAGAUGGAAGACCCCAGGUGCCCCUCAGCUGCUGCCAAGAGGGGAGGGCUGGACAGAGCUGUCCUGUCGUAGAGGGGGCUGUCGCUCUGCCCCUGAAUGUGGACGAACCUCCGUGACCUGUGUCUGUUUCUGGCCUGGCCUGGGUUGUGGUGGUCUACUUGGGCCCAUCACCGUUGUGACUGCUUUCCACUUGUUUUCUAGGAAUCUGAGAGAAGCUGUUCCAGUCCCUCCAGACCCUCUGCCUUAUUCAAAGUACAGGAUGACUGGUGCUCUGGAGAUGAAACAAGGUUGUGGAGUGAAUGAAGCUAUUGUUUGUCGGAUCCCUACCUCAUUUGUUGCAUAAGUUGGAAAGAGUGUAGUGAAUGAAGCAGUGAACUGCAGGAAGAGAGAAUAAACUUCUUGUUAAGGCAACUGAAUGCUACUCUGGGAUUUGUUUCUGUCUAUUGCCACAGGAUUCCUAUGUGAUGUGCAGCAACUCCUAUAAGCCAAAUUUUUUGCAGUUCAUUGCCAUGAAAAGGAGAAUGUGAUUAAACUGCUCACCUUAUGAAAUUUGGCUUACAUGUGAAAUCUGCCAGGUAAUACAAAGACCUGUGGAAUAUGAGUGAUGACAAACCCUUUUUAUGCACUGCCCCUGGAUGUGGCCAGCGUUUUACCAACGAGGAUCAUUUGGCUGUCCAUAAACAUAAACAUGAGAUGACACUGAAAUUUGGUCCAGCUCGUAAUGACAGUGUCAUUGUGGCUGAUCAGACACCAACACCAACUAGAUUCUUGAAGAACUGUGAAGAAGUGGGUUUAUUCAAUGAACUAGCAAGUCCUUUUGAAAAUGAAUUCAAAAAGGCUUCAGAAGAUGACAUUAAAAAAAUGCCUCUAGAUCUAUCUCCUCUUGCAACACCAAUCAUAAGAAAUAAAACUGAAGAGCCUUCAGUUGUGGAGACAACUCAUCAGGAUAGUCCUUUACCUCAUCCAGAGUCCACUACCAGUGAUGAAAAGGAAGUGUCACUUCAGCAGGCUGCACAGCCUACAUCAACAAUAGUUCGUCCAGCAUCACUGCAGGUUCCUAAUGUAUUGCUAACAAGUUCUGACUCAAGUGUUAUUAUUCAGCAGGCAAUACCUUCACCAACUUCUAGCACUGUCAUUACCCAGGCUCCAUCCUCCAACAGGCCAAUAGUACCAGUACCAGGUCCUUUUCCUCUGCUGUUACAUCUUCCUAAUGGACAAACUAUGCCUGUUGCUAUUCCUGCCUCAAUCACAAAUUCUAACGUUCAUGUCCCUGCUGCAGUUCCAGACUUUCCUGGUCAGCUUGUUAGACCUGUCACCAUGGUGCCUAGUAUCCCAGGAAUCCCAGGGCCCUCCUCCCCACAGCCAGUGCAGUCAGAGGCAAAAUUGCGAUUGAAAGCUGCCUUGACCCAGCAGCAUCCUCAGGUCACAAAUGGAGAUACUGCCAAGGGGAAUGCUAGUGGAUUGAUUAGGACUCAGUCAGAGGAAGCCCGACCACAGUCAUUACAACAGCCUGCUACAUCAACUACAGAAACACCGGCUUCCCCAGCUCAGCCGACACCCCAAACCCAAAAUACAGGAGGUCGUCGAAGAAGAGCAGCAAACGAAGACCCUGAUGAGAAAAGAAGGAAGUUUCUAGAGCGAAACCGUGCUGCUGCUUCAAGAUGCCGACAAAAAAGAAAAGUGUGGGUGCAGUCAUUGGAGAAGAAAGCAGAAGACUUGAGCUCACUAAAUGGUCAAUUACAGAAUGAAGUCACCCUGCUGAGAAAUGAAGUGGCACAGCUGAAACAGCUUCUUCUGGCUCAUAAAGAUUGCCCUGUAACUGCCAUGCAGAAGAAAUCUGGCUAUCAGACUGCAGAUAAAGAUGACAGUUCUGAAGACAUUUCAGUGCCAAAUAGUCCACAUACAGAAGCUAUUCAGCAUAGUUCUGUCAGCACUUCCAAUGGAUUCCAGGAGCAGAAGAUGGGCAUCAGAAAGGAGUCUUGCAACAUGACCCAUAGGUCACUGAUGUGGUUCAACCUGAUUUCUGUUGGCACUGUUGAUUUCAAUAAGUCUUGGUACCACAAGGAAGCUCUAGAAGACAGGAAGAAAGUUAAUGUGCCAAUAUUUAAAAAGGGUGAACAGGAUGACCCAGGUAAUUAUAGGCCUGUCAGCCUGACAUCAAUCUCAGGCACGAUGAUGGAGCGGCUGAUACAAGACUUCACUGAUAAAGAAUUAAAGAAGGAUAAUAUAAUUAAUGCCAAUAAACAUGGGUUUAUGUCAAACUAACUUGAUAUCUUUUUUUUAAUGAGA